AUGGAGUGUUGGUGUUUGAGUAAGCGCAAACCAUGGUUAUAUUGGUUGUUGAUGAUACAUACGCAUAUGGUGGUCUGGAAAAUACAAGGGGAUUGUAUAGAAGAGGAGAGAAAGGCACUACUGGAAAUCAAAGAUUCCUUUAUCAAGUUAUACAAUUCCAAAAUGGACAAUUUUCUCCCCACCUGGGUUGAUUAUGGCGGUGACUGUUGUGAGUGGGAGAGGGUAAAUUGCAACGCAACCACCGGGCAUGUGACAGACCUCUCUUUUUACUAUUUGAGAGGGAUGAUAGGCGAUAACAUGGAGUUUGGGAGCAAGUUGUGGCCACUGAAUGUUUCCUUGUUUCUUCAUUUUAAAGAGUUGACAAGUCUAAAUUUGUCAUAUGAUUAUCUUGAUGAAGAGAUUAUGAAGACAGAACUUGAAAGGUUGUCGAGUUUGAAGAAGUUGGAGGUACUAGACCUUAGUGGGAAUCGUGAUAUCGAUAACGACAUCCUUCCAUCAUUAAAGACACUCACUUCACUCAAAGUCUUGGAUCUUAGCCACACUAGCUUGAAUGGAAACUUCCCUACCAAUGAAUUAUCACAUCUGACUAACCUCGAGGAGCUGGAACUAAAGAAUACUGAGCUCAAUGAGACACCAAAUAUCCAAGCUUGUAAGAGCUUAUCGAGAUUGAAGAGGCUGGAGAGGAUAGAUCUUUCGGGCAACAAAUUCAACAAGAGCAUCAUAUCAUGCCUAACUGCCCUCCCGUCCCUCAAGAUUCUUCAUCUUUCAAAUUCUCCUUCACUGGGAAGUUCCUUUCCUGUCCAAGAAUUUCAUGAUUUGUUUGAUUUGGAAGUUCUCCUCUUGAGAUUUAAUGGUUUCAGAGGUUUUGCAUCUUUCCACCGUUUGGAGGUCUUAGAUUUGAGUCACAACAGUUUUGUUGGGAGCAUCCCUUUAUCAAUACAGGCAUUAUCUUCAUUAAGAGCUCUCUCAUUCGCUAACAAUGAACUCAACGGCUCAUUACCUGAGCAUGGUUUCUGUGAGUUGAACAACCUCCAUGAAUUAGAUCUUAGUCACAACAUGCUAGAUGGAAUUCUGCCUCAAUGUUUCAACAGUCUAUCAUCUCUUAGGUUACUUGAUAUAUCUUCAAAUCGAUUCACAGGGAAACGUGUGCCAUCAUUCAUUGCUAAUCUCACAUCUCUCGAGUACAUUGAUUUUAGUCAUAACAAUUUUGAAGGUUCAUUCUCUUUCAGCUCAUUCUCCAAUCAUAAAAAGCUUGAGGUAGUUCGAUUCAGAAGUGACAAUGACAUAUUUGAGGUGGAAACAGAGGAGCCUAUAGAUUGGAUUCCAAUGUUCCAGUUGAAAAUUCUUGAGCUAUCUAAUUGUAAUAUGAAAAUGCCUAAAGGACGUAUUAUUCCUGGGUUUCUACUUCACCAACACAAUUUACGACAAGUAGACAUGUCUCACAACUCCUUGGAGGGACAAUUACCAAAUUGGUUAAUUAGGAACAAUUCGAAUCUGGAAGUUCUUAUUCUACGUGAUAACUUGUUUGGUGGUAUGCCACUGCAUAUGAAUGCUAAUAUGAAGUGGUUGGAUAUGUCUCAAAAUCACAUGAUAGGUACUAUUCCAUAUGACAUACCAAAGUUUUUUCCCAACAUAAGUAUUUUGAAUUUGUCUAUGAAUGCUUUAAGUGGUGUUAUCCCUUCCUCAGUUGGUGAAUUGAGUAAAUUAUGCGUACUAGAUUUAUCUGAGAAUGCGUUAUCUGGUGAAGUGCCAAAGGGAUUGUUUACAGACACCUCCAAAUUGGGUUUCUUAAAACUAUCAAACAACAAGUUGCAUGGCCAGAUACUCUCAGGAAAUUUAAGUUGGAGUACUCUCCAAUGGGUUUAUUUAGAUAGCAACCAUUUCACAGGGCAAAUUGGAAUUAAAAGCAAACAAAAAUUUGAAUCUCUGACUCUUCUGGAUAUAAGCAAUAACUUUUUUACAGGUUUGAUCCCGGAUUGGCUUACCAACAUGAGUAGCUUGUCUGAACUUGUGGUGAGAAAUAAUAGUUUGGAAGGCAGGUUUCCUUGCGGAGCAGCUUUUUUCUCAUUUCUUGAUAUCUCACAAAAUUCUUUUUCUGGGCCCAUCCCAUCCUGCUCAAAUUUGCAAUAUAUGGAGCAUCUUCAUUUGGGUUCCAACAGAUUCACUGGAUCAAUACCCAAUUUCUUUCGUAAUUUGACUAAUGUUUUGACUUUAGACAUCGGCAACAACAACUUGUCAGGCAGGAUUCCUAAAUUUCUUGGCGAACUAUCCAAUUUAAGGAUUCUUCUUUUGAGAAAAAAUAACUUUAGCGGUUUGAUUCCGAGGCAGUUGUGUCAAUUAAGUAAUAUGAGUUUCAUAGACUUAUCCGCUAACUCAUUUUCUGGCUCAAUACCUAGCUGCCUACAUAAUAUUACUGGCCCAAGUGACCUUGUUUUCUUAAAAAGAAGCAAAUCAUUGUAUUCGUAUGAUUCCUCUUACCAUUAUGAGAGUAUUACAUGGGGGUUGCGUUCAAUCUUCCUUGGCGGUGAAGCCUUGGGAAUACAAGACGAAGUACAGUAUACAACGAAAAGUCUCUUUCUCCGCUACAAGGGUGGCAUCCUUGAUUACAUGACGGGAUUGGAUUUAUCUAGUAACAAACUUACAGGUGAAAUUCCAGAAGAAGUCGGGUUUUUAACCCAACUUCGUGCUUUAAACCUGUCUCACAAUCAACUAACUGGACUCAUUCCAGUGAGCUUCUCAAAUCUUGCAAAGAUAGAGAGCUUGGACCUUUCUUCAAAUGGUUUGACCGGCACAAUUCCAUCAGAACUCAUUAAGCUUACCUCCUUGUCUAUUUUCAAUGUUUCUCACAACAGUCUCUCAGGCAGACUCCCAGAAAUGAAGUCACAGUUUGGUACCUUCACGGAGGAGAGUUAUGAAGGUAAUCCACUUCUUUGUGGACCACCAUUGGAGAAGAAAUGCACCACAAAUCCACAGGUGACCAAUCCAUCAGCCGAAGAAGACCAUGAGAAAUGGUAUGAUAUUGAUAUGACAUAUUUCUAUGGAAGUUCUAGUUCGACAUGUUUUGUGUUCUUAUUGGGAUUUGUUGCAAUACUUUAUACCAAUCCUCGGUGGCGUAGAAGGUGGCUAGACUGGGUUGAAGAUUGUAUAUAUACAUGUUAUUACUUCCUUUAUGAUUUAGUAUGGAAGCCUUCUAUGAUCUUCUGUAGGUAGGACCUCUUUAAGAAUUUGUGAUAGAAUAAAUGCAAACUUGUUUCCAUAUGUAUUCAUAUUUCUAUG